AUGGUACUGCGAUCACGACGAGUGAAAGUUUCUAGUGUAUGUCCUUUGUGUAAUAAUGUAAAGGAAUCAGAUAUUCGUUGUUUAAUUAGUUGUACUUACGCCAAGGACUACUGGCUAUUAUCUGAUGUGGGUUGGUGGGGUUUAGUAACUACUAUAGUUGAUUGGUUUCAACUUAUAAUGACACGAUGUAGUAGGGAGUUGUGUUGUGAAGCGAUGGUGGUUGCUUGGGAGAUUUGGAAUGCUAGAAAUAAUAUGGUGUGGAAUCAUAAGCUUACUACUACUGCUUCACUGGUGAUUCAUCAGGCUAUGACCUUUAUUCGAGCAUGGCAGGCUGCUCAGAUUAUGGCUGGAACAAAUGGUGUAGCUACUCAGCAGCAUUUUGUAACAAAAUGGGAAUCGCCACCUCUGCAGCAUUUGAAGAUUAAUGUUGAUGCAUCCUUUGAUAUUAAUUCUAAAGUAGCAGGGGCAGGUUGGAUUGUUGAGGACUCUGUAGGAUGGUGUAAAGGUGGUAAAAUUAUGUCUUUGGGCUUUGUUUCUAAUGCUUUGAUGGCUGAAGUUUUGAGCAUCCGAGAAGUUUUGAGCUGGUUGAAGGAGAAGAACUUUGAAGGUGCUAUGCACAUUGAGAGUGAUUCUUUACCUGCUAUUCAAGCUUUGCAAAGGACAGUAGUGGAUUGUUUUUAUUUUGGCACUUUAAUUUCUAAUUGUCAAACUCUUGCAAAUGAGUUUUCAGCUUUAUCUUUUAGCUUUGUUAAAAAAUCAGCGAACUAA